GAGAAAAUCCAGAAGAAAGCGGCAAGUUCAAUUGAGUGAAGCUUGUAUGGAUUUCUUCCAUUAACAAUGCUAACAACAAGAAAAGUGGCCAUUGGUUUUUGUUUUGGUUGUAUACGUCGCUUUCACUUUAGAAAUUCAAUUUUCUUAUUUCAUAACUCAACAAGGAGCAAACUUUGCGUUGCAGAAGUCCAGAAAGCUAGCAAAUUUAUUAUUUACUGCAAUUCUCGGAUCACCGAAAAUGGGAGGAAUGGGAAUAUCAAAGAAGCUGAGUCAAUCUUUAAUCGUAUGCCGCGUAAAAACAUCAUCUCCUGGACUGCCAUGUUGACUGCAUAUGCUGAAAAUGGAAAAAUUAGGAAUGCGCGGGAGUUGUUUGACGAAAUGCCUGAGAGAAGUACUGCUUCGUAUAAUGCGAUGAUUACGGCUUAUGUUAGGAGCGGUCGUGUGGUGGAUGAAGCUUAUGAUUUGUUUUGCAAGAUGUCUGAACGAAAUGCUGUGACUUAUGCGGCCAUGGUCACGGGUUUUGUUCAGGUUGGAAUGUUUGACAAGGCAGAAGAAGUAUAUGCUGAGGUUCCCGCCAAAUUGAGGGACCCCGUUUGUUCAAAUUCGUUGAUAAGUGGGUAUUUGAAGGAUGGGAGGUUGGAUGAGGCGGUUCAGAUUUUUGAGGGAAUGGUAGAGAGAGAUGUGGUUUCUUGGAGUUCCAUGAUUGAUGGAUACUGCAAAAGUGGGAAGAUUGUAGAGGCUAGGGUUAUGUUUGAUCAGAUGCCUGAGAGAAAUGUUGUUAGUUGGACAGCAAUGAUAAAUGGGUAUAUGAAAAUGGGAUAUUUCAGAGAUGGCUUUGGUAUGUUUUCAAGCAUGAGAAGGGAAGGGGAUAUGUUGGUUAAUUCUACUACUUUGACUAUAAUGUUAGAAGCUUGUGGCAGUCAUGGUAAAUAUCAAGAAGGAAUUCAGAUACAUGGGUUAGUUUCACGGAUGGGAUUUGCCUUUGACGUAUUUUUAGGCAAUUCUAUCAUUACCAUGUAUUGUAGAUUUGGUUGUAUCGAUGCAGCUACUAAAAUAUUUCAUAUCAUUAGGAAAAAGGAUCUGAUUUCUUGGAAUUCCUUGAUUGCUGGCUAUGUUAAGCAUGACAAAAUUGAAGAAGCUUAUAAUUUUUUUGAAAAGAUGCCAACAAAAGAUGUAGUUUCUUGGACGACCAUGAUUACAGGAUUUUCUAGCAAAGGGAAUAAUAAAAAAUCUGUCGAGUUGUUCAAAAUGAUGCCAGUGAAAGAUAAUAUUGCUUGGACUGCUGUAAUUUCAGGGUUUGUGAGUAAUGAGGAGUUUGAGGACGCUUUUUGCUGGUUCAUUGAGAUGCUUAGGAAAUCAGUAAGGCCAAAUCCACUUACUUUUAGCAGCAUGCUUAGUGCUUCAGCUGGUUUGGCAGCAUUGAACCAAGGGCUGCAGAUCCAUGCCCAAGUAGUAAAGCUGUGUCUGGAGUUUGAUCUGUCAAUUCAAAAUUCACUUGUCUCAAUGUAUUCAAAAUGUGGAGAUGUAGUUGAUGCUUAUCGGGCUUUUAUCAGUAUUAAUGAACCCAAUACUGUGUCUUUCAACUCAAUGAUCACUGCAUUUGCUCAGAAUGGAUACGAGGAAGAAGCUCGUAGAUUAUUUAGGAAAAUGCAGAGUGAAGGGCAGGAGCCAAAUCAGAUUACUUUUCUUGCUGUUUUGUCAGCCUGCAGCCAUGGAGGCCUUGUAGAAGUAGGAUGGGAGUACUUUAAAUCAAUGAAUUCCUUAUAUAAUAUAGAACCAGGGCCCAAUCACUACGCGUGCAUGGUUGAUCUCCUUGGCCGAGCUGGAUCUUUAGAUGAAGCAAUCAAUUUGAUUCAUUCAAUGCCUUAUGAGCCCCAUGCUGGAGUUUGGGGAGCUCUUCUUGGUGCCAGCAGGAUUCAUUUACGCCUUGAUCUUGCACAGAUUGCAGCUGAACAUCUCACUAAAUUGGAGCCUGAUAAUGCAACUCCUUAUGUGGUCUUGUCCAACUUAUAUUCUAUUCUGGGGGAAAAAGGGGAUGGCGACCAAGUAAGGAUGACCAAGGAAUCAAAAGGGAUAAGGAAGAGUCCCGGACGUAGUUGGGUGGUACAGUAAGACAAAGUGUAUUCACAUCUUGCAGGAGAUCAAGUGCAUAAGGACUAUGAAAACAUUAAAGUUACAAUGUGAACAAUUCUGAAACAAAUGGAGCAAUACAGCUUUUAAGAUGAAUUACUGGUUACGGGAUUGCUUCAGUGUGGUCAAUGGUUAUAAGAUGUAGAACUGUAGAUGCCUUACAUUCAGUCCUUUUCUUGUGAAAAGAGCCACAGGAGUUCUCAAUAUUUGGUUUCCUCAAGGUACUGCCUCUUAAGUUAAUGAGUGAAGCUCAUGGUUUUGUAAGAUGUUGGACUGAUUCUUCUUGGUCUUUGUUGGAUUCGCUUGUGUGUAGUAGUGGAAUCCUACUUUGGGAAGAUAUGAUGAGUACAAGUAGAACAUAUAUGUGGAGACCCAUAAACUCAAGGGACUAAUCUUUUGGGUUUAAAGUGGCAUCUUAUACAAUCUCUCGCUGGUCUGGUACCCAAGUCAAGAUGUGAAGGUAAUUGUGGAGAGAAAAGUGUUUGAUUUUAUAAUAGGUAAUGACAGUUGCUUAGUUCAGGUGUGACCAGAUUAUUUUCCCAAUGAUCUGAAAGAUAAUAUCUGUUUGGUCGACUGUGGGGCACUGGAUGGAUUAAAAGACUGCGUCCCUUAUGCCUGCCUUCUUGUGCUUACCGAGAAAUUGCUGUUAUAUAAAGUUAGACAACAUUUAGCACUUUCAGCAUCUAAGAAGCAUUGGCAUUGCGUUGUGUGUUAGUGUGUUUUACCUGUCUGAUUCUUUGCAAACCACUGCCACUUCUACCGUCGAAAUCCCUGCUUUUUAGGGAUUUUGACAGCUAGGUUCCUGAGGGCUUUCUCUGUCUGAGACCAGUUUCACCAUAUAAAAUGAAAUCACCAUG